GCUGCCAUAGCUACAUUUACGCAACGUCACAAGAAAUACGUUACGUUGCUAACGUUAGCUAGCUAACACUUUACAGAUAGCUAUGGCGUUUACAUUAUAUUCCCUUAUUCAAGCGGUGAUUUUGUGUGUUAAUGCUGUCGCCGUAUUGCACGAAGAGAGAUUUUUAAGUAAAAUUGGCUGGGGUGUGGACCAAAGUGUUGGUGGAUUUGGUGAUGAACCAGGCAUCAAAGUGCAGCUCAUGAACCUUGUCCGCUCUGUGAGGACAGUGAUGAGAGUGCCCUUGAUUGCUGUCAAUUCGGUCUGCAUUGUGUUGUUGGUGCUGUUUGGCUGAAGAGAAGACUGGACUGAAUUUGGAUGCUGAACUAAGGGGGUCAGGGGGAUGGAGGAGGGACCCUACAUGCGCCUCGAAGAAGAGUACACACACGUUUAUGUAUCUCAAAGAUUCCGUUUUACAUUUGAUUUCCUUUAUUAUUUUUAUUCCUUACCUCGUUUGUCAAACCUGUUGGGCUAGGUCAGGCUAAGGGACAGUUCCGAUACAAGAACAAUCUGGGUUUACUACAUUCAGUUGUUAGUCAAUGAUAUAGCACAAAGCAGUCCAAAAGGGUCUACGGUUGCUGUUGGAAGAUUUCUACAUUGUAAAAGGAUCAUUUACUUUGAUCUCAUGAUUCAACUUUCUUUCUCCUUAUUUGAAAUUGUGGUUCAUCACAGUUCUGAUGGCAUAUUCUGUUGCUUUUAACAUAUUCCUGAAUAAAAAGUUAAGUGUAGGUAAUUUGAACAGACCUACUAUAAAACACCAUUAGUCGGGAUAUGUCAUUUUGUGUCCCAUGCAGACAAUUUAAUUAUGUAUGACUUUUUCUAAGUAACUUUCUAUGAAUUACUUGAAAAAAUAAAGAUUUUAAAAAAUCUAA